GACAAGGGACGAGGGCAGAACUGCUGGCGUCACAGUUACAGAACCGCACUGAAACGACACGCGUGUGGUUCCGUCAUUGGCCUCUCCGAUUAGCUCCAUCUCUCGCUCUGCCCCGCCCGCUGCGCUGCUCUCCUCUGCCACUACUACUCCUUUCCGUCUGCUUCCAGACGGACUCGUUCUCCUCAUCUUCUUCUCCGUCCAUUACUCUGCAACCGUUACUGGCAGAGCGUAGCCCAGCCAUGCCGCCGCCGCAGCCGCCGCCGUCUCUCGGCGAUGUCUCGGCCGUCGACGGCGGCCAGCGCGGCUGCUCCUCAGCCGGAGAGGACCGCGUUUGUCUCCUGCAUGAGAAUUCAGGCGGCGGUACGAGCUGCGCGCAUUGCUCUAGAACCGACCCCACUCCUCCUUCCAGCUCCUGCCCCUCCACUUACUCACUUGUUUUGGAUUCGAUCCCUUUCACUGACUCGGAGAAGAUACGCAGAGCAGUCACUGCUUCGGUGAAGGGAUUCUCGAUUGGAGCCGGCCUCAAAGGCGGCUUGGCUUUAUUCUCGAUUCUGGCUAGACUCCGUCGCCGGAGUUUAUCGGCCUCUGCGCGUAAACCUGAGCUGUUCUCGAACAGAGAGGCCAUAAUUCUGGCUUUGAAGGAGACAUUGAGAUACGGACUAUUCCUCGGAACCUUCGCCGGCACAUUUGUCUCCGUGGAUGAGAUCAUAGCUGCCUUGGGCGGUCAUCGCAGGACUGCAAACUGGAGGCAUUUGUUGGCAGGGGCGAUAGCAGGUCCAUCGAUUUUACUUACGGGACUGAACACGCAACACACAAGCUUGGCCAUUUACAUACUCAUGCGUGCAGCCGUAUUGGCUUCCCGAUGUGGGAUUAAGAGCAAACGAUUUGGGAAGAUUUGCCGACCGCUCACUUGGAAGCAUGGGGACAUAUUCCUUAUGUGUCUUUCUUCAUCGCAGAUACUGUCUGCAUACAUAUUGAAGCAAGACAGCUUACCUCCAUCGUACAAGUCAUUUCUCAACACCCACGGAGGAAAAAAUCCUACAAUUUUACAGGGGGUGAAAGAGAUUGCUUCUGGCAUUCCUUUUACCAACUUAGAGGCAAUUGAAAGAUAUUACAAGUCAAUGGGCGUUGACAUCAAUCUCGACCCAAAUAUGAAAAUUCCCUGCUCGAUAAUACAUGGAAAUCAACCUUGCACCUCACACAGUGUCUCUUUUCUCAUCCAAGCAUACAAAAGAGCUUUACCUGUCUAUCUCCCUGUUUACCUGAUUCCUGCUUUGAUAGUCCAUCGUCAGGACCUCUUGAAAAGGCCCUACACCAUCCUGGGAAAGAGUCUCCUAGGUACUGCUAGAUCAAGCCUGUUUCUGUCUGCGUAUUGUUCAUCUGCCUGGGUGUGGACUUGCAUACUCUUUAGAAUUUUCAAGAAAUGCAAUAUUCCGAUGGUGGCCAUUGGGACGUUCCCAACUGGCCUAGCCUUGGCAAUUGAAAAGAAGAGCAGGAGGAUCGAGAUAUCUCUAUACUGUCUCGCACGGGCCAUUGAGAGCUUCUUUACUUGCAUGACAGAUGCUGGAUACUUACCGAAGUUGAGGAGACUUAAUAGAGUGGACGUACUGAUCUUCAGCAUAUCAACGGCCAUAAUCAUGCAUUGCUAUGCUGUAGAAAGGGAAGUAUUCCGUUCCAAGUAUUUGAAUGUUCUCGAUUGGGUGUUUGGCGUGCCUCCUCCUACUCCUGAAACCCCACAUCGUAAAAGUUCUUGAUUUUGUCGGGGGUUCUCUCGGAGAAUGGUUCUCAGUGUUCUUAGAGGUUCUUGAGGAGGUUAUGUAGUGUUCUAUGGGUACCUUAUUUAUUGAUGGCGAAAAUGCCAAUUUUUUGUAGAAAACAUACGCAGCCUCAUUCAAUUCAUUUUCUCCCCCUUCCAAUUAGGCUUUAGCAAUACGAUAUCUUAAAUGGCAAAUUAGGAACAUUUAACGAUUCUCUUGGUCACAUGACAAUUUGAAUUUAUAUGACCAUUUCAAUUUGCGCAGGC